UUUUAUAAUCCAUUUAUUAUGUUUUGUAUUAUAUGUUUUGGAAAAAAUGUCGGAAAUAUUACACAGAGGAGGGAAAGGUGUAGGAACAGAAGAUUACCUGUCUCUAAGAAGAUAAAGGAGAUGAACGAAGAAUUAUCUUAUUAUCAGAUACAACUUCUUAUACCUUUAGUCAUCCCUACGCUCAGUUCUUUAUAGUUGACAAAUUUAUCUCACUCGUUGUUUAUAUUAAACAAAAACAAAAUUAUCCAAGUUAAUUAUGCAAAAAAAUAUAACCUCGUUUAAAAAUUAAGAAAUAUAAGUUUAAAUUCGUUUCUUAUUUUUUACACAAAAUUGUAUAUUGUUAAAAUUUUAUAUCACGAAUUGUUAAAAUUAGAAUGGUAGUUUGCUUAUUAUUUCAUAGAUUAAAUCAUCGUUAAAUUAUGAAGGUAAAAUUUUAUGAAAAUCAAUUUUUACGAUGACAUUAACGAUAAAAAAGCGCAAAUAAGUGUUUUCAACGUGAGAUUCGAUAUCGAAUGGUUCGAUAACUCUGCAAAUGUCUCCCUGCUGGUGCGUCAAAACGCAUGGGGCUCGUCACGUACGUCAAUAGAAAUGUUAUCGGCAGUUAAAUGACCAAAACGUACGAGGGAUGCGCGUUAAUUCAAGGGAUGACUUUUUAUUUCCAUCCAUUUCCCCGUCACGAAUAUUAUGCUCGAUAUAUAUCUAUGAUAUAGAUUUCUUCGUCACGAAAGGGUAGUUUUAUGUCUUUUUUCGUGCACAAGUUGCGCUUCCAUCCAUGUUACUUUUGAACAUGUGUUACAGAUUUUAUUUGAUAAAUAAAAUGGAAGUGUGCGUUAUGAUAUUGGACAUUUAUGACGUGGAAUACUUCAUGUUGCAAAUAUUUGUGAAACGGUAAAAAGUAGACGCGAUGAAUAUUUUCUAUAUUUGCUAGUAUAGACAAUAUUAUCAACUCUGUACGUGCUGCUUAUUUCAUGUUAUCGGCGGUCUUCGUGGUAGUGUAACGUGUUAACACAUCGUUUCACGAUUUGUUCACUGUGAAUAAUCCAGUUUUCUCAAACGAGCGUGGUUUCUGGUUGUUUCCUUCCGCUUUUAUUAUUUAAAGUCAUCAACUAUCAAGGUUAUUAGCGACCACUGUUCUUGUUAGAACAACGCAUAUGUAUAAUUCUUAUUUUUGCUAGAGGCCCAUAGCACUCUAACGUUGCUAGGAAGGUGUCGUUAUUCAGACAGUGAUCGUAAUACUUUGAGACACCUUUGUUAUCAAUAGCCUACUAAUUUUUAUAGUCAUAUUUUUGAGAAUAUAAUUAAGAAAGUAGAAUUUCCGUAGAAAAUUAUUUUAUCUAAUCCUUUUUUAAUAAAUCUAUUUCAUUAAUAAUUAUUAAUAAUAGUAAUAAUAAUCAUUAAUCAAUUUUUAAUAAAUCUAGAAGGCCAAUACCUUAAUUAUACUUAGAAUAUUUCAUACAAUAUUUUUUCAUAUCAAUUUCGUAUAAAACCAUAUAAAUCGGUGUUGGAUUAUUACGAGAUAUGAGUGCGGGUGUGUAGUAUGCAACAGCAAAAAGUAUUCAACAUAUUGAAAAUAAAUUACCGUAAACAUAGGUUGCAAUAUAAAUAGGAGAAUGAGAUAGCAACCAUUUGUUUAGAAUGAGUAAACACCGAUAUUCUUUCCUUACGUUUUCUUACUAACGGUCAAUCUUUAAGAUUUCGAUCUGAAACAUAAGACGUGCCUUCCUUCGAUCUGGACAAAAUAAAGAAAUACUCUUUAUAAAAAACGACCAUUGUAUCUUUUAAUUUAUUUCCUAUAAUCAAGGAUCAGUAACCUAAUCAUUAGCAUCUAGGCUAACGUCUCAGUACGCAGAGUGAGUAACAACGAGUCGAGAGACCUACAAUUUUAGGAUUUAUCACAAUAUCUUUAUCAAUCUUUCUCUGUAUGUCCAGGAAUGACGUUUCAGUAGUAAAAGGUCAUCUUCUAUACUUCUUAACGAAUUAUAGCUUAACAUUUCAAUCGAGUGUUUACGAUCGCUGUAUAUUUAGUCGUUUUAGAUUUCACGCUGAUCAGUCGUGUCGUAAUAGGCCAGAACCUUUUCUAGCGUGUGCGUGGAGGGUAGCAUUCUCGAAGAGUGGGUGGCGUGGGGUUGUUACGCUGUGUCUCGCCGUCACGAGUAUUGAUCUCCACGGAGCCACUGUGUGAAUGGGCUAUAACCAUCUCACCCUGAAUCCUGGAAGCGCGAAUCUCCAUCCCUGUCCUCUUCUUCACACUCUUGCUCCUUCCUUCCCUUUCGGUUUGCACUCGGCUCCGUUUUAUGUGGGUUGUUUCUUCGUUUCGGACUACGUGCUUGCGUGUGCUUAUUCCUAAGGAACGUGGGAGGUUCUAUUUCACUUUCUGUUUCGAGCCUGACCUGUUUUUUAGUUUCUUCGAUUUUUAGUUCUAGUUUUAGGUGGCGAGUUUAAAGAUAGCUUUAGUUCUAAGGGGUUCUGUCUAAUAUCGUAUGACGUCGGUUUAUUUUUGACGAUGAUGACGUAGUCACAUGUUUCGCCUACAUUUCACCUUUCCUGGGAUCACCAGUUCGUUUAUCUUAUUUUUUUGUGAAUGAAGGAAAAGAAGGAGAAAAGGAAAGGAAUGUACGCGAAUGAAGGGGAAUGACAAACGAAGGAAUUGAGGGGAGGGAAGGAAAGUCAUGAGGAAUUCCUAUCUUUGCUUCUGCAUAUUCCACAUUCAAGUAGAAAUGAAUUAAUGCCUUUCUAGUAGAAAUUCGAUGCCCUACUUCUCCGCAAUCCGAACGAUCUGUUUUAUCAUAACUCGAUUGAGACAUUUAACUAAAAAUUGCCUGUAACUCGUCCGAGCUUUUCAUAAAUCUUGAAUUAUCGAAACACUAAAUUUUAACUAAUUUUAGCUAAUUUAUAUUCCCUUCUAUUAAUAAUUUCGUUCCAUUGCUGUUCUUUUCCUCACUUAAUUUUUAUUUUCAUCAACAAAACAUUCGCCCCACUCUAUUUUUCUCUUCCUUCGAGUUUUUCAUUUUUAAAGUUUUUUAAAGCUUCGCGCUUCUUCAGAAGCUAUCCCUCUCGUUUCUUUGUUUUCUUCUUCGAUUUAACGUACUCCGCAUUUCCACCCGCAAUAUCUGUUUGUCGGUAAUUGCAUCUGUCAUUCGAAGCGAGGUCAGUAGAAACGCUGCCGGGUUUUUUUCGCUCGUUCGCACGGCUCUUUCCCGCAACAGCAUCCCUCCUUUCUUUCAUCUCUGUCCCUGGUUUGAAAGGACCCUCGCGGAGCUGCACUUAAGCCAAAGCACAUUAGCAUAUUUGCUCGGUCUUCGAUUUUCCUAGCUGACCCUCUGUUUCAAAUUAACAAAGUUAACUCGUACGACCGAAAUUAGUUUAUCCAUAAACCUUCUUUUGAAGAAUCUGUAAUUGAUCAAUUUUCGGGCUUUUGGGACGACUAAGAAACCCGUGGACAUAUCUCAUACUUUAUUUUUAUUUUUAUUUGUUUAUUUUUUUAUGCAAGAUUGUUAAAUAUUAUAUUCUUCCAUCCUAAUUACCGAACAAGAUUUUUCCACAGGUUUUUCUAUUAUAUUAUAUUAUAUACUAAUUCUAAAGGUUUCUAUAUUUGGUCAACUUCAAGCUGUAAUCGAAGCUUUUGCAUUGUACGAGAUGGAAAAUAUCGGUUCCAAACAAAUCGAAACUCCUGGAUCAUGUGGCAACUAAUUAGAUACUACACGUGUUCCUGUGAUACGAACGAAGGAAUCACGCAUGCACGAUACAAAGCUCAUCAAACGUUUGUAGUAACGUGAAACACCAUUGAUCUAUCGGCUAACCUCAUUACAUUCUGUUUAAACACACUCCAUACAAGUUAAUCAUACAAAUGAAAAGAGAAACAGCAAAAAUAAAAUGAAUCAAUCUUGCAUCAGCAACAAUGGAGUCCUGGGAUUCGCGAAACUCGGCCCGUGCUUCGACAGGAUCAAACCACUUUUGGGUCCCAGCUUGGAAAACAGGAUUCGCGCGAUGCUCGAGGAGUUUGUUUGCGAGUCGAACUCGGACUGUGCAAAACGAUUUCCACGAGUGAAGAAAUUCCUGAACAUGGUCGCCGCAUGGACCGACCGUUUGGACGUCUCUGCCAAGGACACGGAUAUCAGGCAGGAAAUGAUUAAGCACACGAUCGAAUUUCUGCUGAAGGAUGGCCUAGUGACACAAUUCGCAGAUCCGGCCAUUCUCAACAGAGGGUCGAAUAAAUUAGACGCCGAUUCCUUGGCCGCCGAGCAGAAUGCCUUGAAGACCAUGAACGUCUGGAGGUUUAUCAACGAGAAGGACUACUGGCUGUGCCAAGAUUGCGCAACAGCCACUUGCGUACAUCCAGAAACAAGUCGACAAAUUUACCAAUGCAGAAAACAGAGAUCCGGCAGCGAUUUAGACGUCGAAGUCGGUUCAAUUUCGCAAGAAUCGUCAACCGUUUACAGUAGCUGUAGAACAAACUCUAUCUGCAGUUCAGUUUGCAAUCGAACAAUCGAAAGCACGAAAUCUCAAGUAAAAAUCAAUUGUCGAAAUUUCGAGGUGAUUUUGGAACCAAAUGGGAAUAUAGUAAACUCGCGCAAAAAUAUUUCAAACACGUUCGAUAAUACCAGCUGUUGUUCAAGAAGGGAGAAUUUAAAAAAGUUUGGUCUGAAGGUAAAGUUUGACUGUGAUACGAAAUUCGUACAGACUGAAACUAGUCGGAAAAAUUUAAACUUUAUCUUCAAAGCAAGUGCAAGCACACUGAACCCUCUGAAAGAAGCUUCUGAUACAAAAUGUGAUAGAAAAUUCGCACAGACACAAACUAGUCAAAAAAAUAUAAACUUUAUUUUCACAGCGAACCCAAGCACAUCGAACCAUCCAAAAGAAGCUUCUGAUACAAAAGGCGAUGCAAAAUUCGCACACGCGCAAACUAGUGAAAGAAAUAUAAACUUUAUUUUCGAAGCAAGCCCAGGCACAUUGAACGCUCCGAAAGGAACUUCUGACAUUUCCAACUUUCCUAAGCCCUCGCCACGAAGAAAAUAUUUAAAAAGCUCAGACGCAAAAGCGAAAUGCGACUGCGAUCGAACUAAAUCUUCCAAAAAGCCCAAAUUAAAGAUUUAUAUUCAUAGAACAACGAACACUAGCCGUUCUAAGGUUCGAAGUCCACUAAAUGUGUCCAAUCUUUCGUUGCCUUGUAAAUCGAGUCAGUUGAUCGUUCGAUUGUUCGAAGCUGACCCAUCGUUAUCAGAUUCCUGUCUAAUUUUAAUGAGGAAACGAUUCGAGAAAGACAUAAACAACGCUUGCUCUUGCAUGAACGACAUUCUGAAGAAGUUGGACGAUUCAACGAUCAAACAGUUACACUUGAAUUGCGAGAUUCGACCUGGUCGCGUAGACCUGAAUCUUUCAUGCAAGAAUGGCGAAAGCUCGAAGAUUAGAUGGUUCCUUGCUCGAGUUCCGACUUGUAGCAACGUUCACAAACGCGUUUCGUACACUGGGAGCGUUGAAAGCCGCGAGAAUCCGAGGGAUCGACGCGGAGAGCCUCGACGUUCGAUGGAACUUCCGGUUAAUGCUGGUUGCUGCGAAGAUGUGGCGAAACGUAGCGGAGAAUUCGAAGAACGACGCGUUGCUUUUUAUUCUGUUUGCUCGAAUCACAGUCUGAUGGAAGCAAAACAAAGCUCUACGUUGGGGAAUGAAAUCGAAAAGGAGGAGAAAGAGAAGCAGCUUAAUCUUGCGUGGGCAGGAGAGGGAGAAAAGCAGAUGGAGUUCGUGCUUUCUUCGGGUUUAAUAAAUUCACAAGACAAGGAUACCGUGACUUCCGCCGAAACUGGUAUCGAACGACCUGGAAAAUAUAAUAAUGAAAUUUCUGACAAAAAGCUUUACCAGUCGACGUCGUUAAACAGAGAAAAAGAAGAGAAGGAACAAUGUAGAACUGAAGAAGUGGUGGAUGUAAAUAAAGAAAUCGAAAUAUGCGAUGAUGGAUUUGUAGAAGAUUCUAUACAAGAUUCUGAGAAUCAUCUGAUACAAUUAUACGAUAUUAAGUGUGACUGUUCUCUGGAUAGCUUCGAGGAAGGUGUCUUUAGGAAAGGUUAUUCGACGACCAGAGGCUGCAACCCUGAGGAAUGUUCCUGCGAUGCGUUCUGCACGAGCGAUAGAAUCGUCGAUCAUAGUUCAUCAGAAACAAAAGACUUAGAUAAUAAAAACACAAAGGUAGAGGGCUUCUGUCAUUUAAACGAAGACGCUUUGAAACUGCAAGUAUCCACUUCGCAGACGAGAAAGAAUAAUUCCAAGCUAGAAGAUCGUAUUUCAAAGGAUACUUCCUGUUUAGGAAUAGAAAAAGAAGUCGCAAGGAAGGAAGAACGUGUUUUCGAAUCGAAACAAAAUAUUUUUCAAAUGGAAAAUGCAUCUAAAGAAGAAAUCAGCAGUUUAGGUUUCAAAGAAAAGGAAAAAGUUAUUUUGAAAGUAGAAGAAAAAUAUAGCGCCGAUUCUAUUUGCGCGUCAAAUUCCAGCUUUAUGGAACUUAGCUGUGAUACGAAGUGUUCCUGCUGCGGCGAAGAUCUUCCAAAUCCUUCGUCUGUCGAAAAAAUUAACGUUGAAGCAAACAAACGUUCUACUUGUGCCAAUAAAACACUUGCUAAUUUAAACGAUCAUGAGACAUUAAAUCUCAUUAUAACAGAAAACGCAACAACUUCGGAAGCUGUAAGAGAAUCUUCUAAUCUUCACUAUCUUGAAUUUAAAAUGGCUCCGAAUGUUCAUAUUGAAUCAAAUACAACUUCGAUUCACGAUCAAUCUUCCACAGUGACCGAUAACAAUUCGACAGAUUUCUCACAAAAAUGUCUUGGUAAUUGCGAAAAAAAUUCAAUCGAGAGUCCUUGCGACCAAGAAACUACGUUUAUUGAUAAUCCUCCAAACUUCUCGACAUAUUCCAAAGUUAAGGAUUCGCCGAUCACUGAAUCCUUGUUCGUAUUCUGUAAUUCGAACAUGAAACAGUUUUCUUCCACAUCGAACUCCUCGACGGACGAAGAAUGUUCGCCGAAUGAAAAUCAUCGUGCAAGAAGCCAAGAAAUUGGAAAAUCCAGAUCGCCAUGUCGAAGAGUUAUUCCAACAAAAUGUCACCGGAAGUCGAUAUACUCCAUCACGUGUAAACCUUCCUAUUCCAUGAGAAAUGUCCCUCGAGUCAAUUGCGCGAAACAUAGUUCGAAAGAGAAAACAAACGAGAAAGACGUUCCGAUCGUCCCUCGAUAUAAAAAUCGUCUAUGGCGAGGACCGAUGGCUCCUGGAAGUCUGUGCAGCUCUUUUCCAGCCAUCGACCGGAUCAAAUAUCUGAUUCGUAAGAAACUCCGAAAAUUGCUGCUGGAAGAACGUGACAAGGGGACCAGCACGUCGAAAACGUUUCUGAGGAACGAUAGAUACCUUGUCAGCAUUUCGAGCGGAAAAUUGAACGGCGGUCGAAUAAUUCGCGAGUCUUGUUCCUCGACUCGUUGUCCUUUUACUACCAGAAAUCGAUACGAAGCUAGAGGAGAAGCGGAGAAAACGUUCACCGAAGGAAGUUGCUUGGGCAAAGAUAAAAACAUUUUUGGGGACAUUAUUAAAGCAAGAUGCCAGAGAAUGAUACAAGGUAACGACAUACUUAAGAGGAUCAGGAUGGCUAACGUUUCAAGGUCUCAGAAAUACGAUUCAAAGUUAACCGAUACGCAAGAUUUCAUCGGCGAACGAGGAGAAACAAUUAGAAGAAGCAAAUGGAAGGGUAGAAACGGGGAAAGAUUUCUUGUUAAUUCUUCUUGGAAUAACAAAGAGCAGAAGAAUCGUUCGAGUAUCAUGUCCUUGAAUUCGACGAGAAUGUUUCUUUUGAAAGACGAUGGCGAUCAUUUUUUGAGCCAGAAGCUUGUUCGUCAAAAACAUCGUGACUUAAAGGAGCAAGGCAGAAUAAAAAAUCUGUCUACCGAUAUAAAAUCGAUGAGAAACUAUGCCAGAAGAAGUUACUAUGAGAGUGGUUUCUCCGGAAGCUCGUACGAGCGUAAAGAAAAUCGGAAAGGAAUGGACGCAGAGGAUAAGACAUGCUACGACAAAUUGAGAUCCUUCGAGGAACGAUUAUCGAAGCUCGAAAGGAGACGCGACGAAGAAAACAAUUUCGUCAAUUUUCUCAGUGACUAUGAAAAACGCGUCAAUGAGCUGGAUGCUGAUUUCAGGCUGAAAUUGCUGCAAUACGUGACGUUGUGCAGGAGUGUGAAGAACUCGUUAAUGAAGAGGUUACGGCCGGAUGACGUUUACGAGGUCAAUUCGAGCUCCGUGUAGCAAAGGGGGAUCGAUUUAAAGUAGUUGAUUGAUUAAUGACGCGAUCGUGGUCGAUAAAAUAACGUGUUAAGCAUCGGGUCGAGGGUAGGAUGACUUUAUACCGCGUUCUGUAUUAGAUUUUUUUCUCGUUGAUACCUUGUCGUGUUUAGUUGGAGAAAAAUGGAUUUUAGAUACAUUGGUGUAAUAUAUUGUUUUUUUGGAAAUAUAAAAGACAGAUGGUACUGUAUCGAAUUUUCUUUCGAUUUUUGUUAGGCUGUAAAUGUGUCUGAUUGAAUAUUUAGAUAUUCUAUUUAGAUUGUAAAGAGUAGCGUAUAUCUUUGCACUUUUGUUACAGAAUUUUAAAUUUGUACGAUAUUUUAGUACGACAUAAUACAUUUCAAUGAUUUAAACAAUCUUACUUUAUAUUUAAUAAUUGUUUGAAUCAUAUUACUUAUAAUAUAUUUUUGCCAUACAAAGACAAUUAACGUUUACCUUAUUUCAGUCGCAAAACUUGGAAACAAUUAUUUUUACACGAUACUGAUUGUGAUAGUAAUUUUUAAUAACAUUAUGCAAGAUUUACAAUCAUCAUACACAAUAUCUCUUAUAUCACUCUCUAAAUCUAUCUUUAGGAGUUCGGUUUUAUUUAAUCUGUAGAAUGUGACAAAAUUAGUUUAAAAAUAAAAUUCACCGCACAAUAUGCAUCUAAAUGAAAAUUCAGUACAAACACGAUUCUCACGGCGAAAAAACAAUUGCAAUCACCAUAGAAAGGUAACGAUAAAAUGCAAAGAAUCGUUCGAGGGAGAGUACUCGUUGCUGGAACGUUAUCACUUACCA